AUGCCUCCAAGGAAACGCAAGGCUUCGGAGCCAAACCCACCUGAAACCCAAGCCCCCGCCAGGGUAACCCGGUCCACUGCUCUCUCUUCCGUCAGGCUGACCCGGUCCGCGGCUAAACGACCCGGUCCACCUCCGGUUUUUGCUGAGUUGCCGAAGAAUAAUAAGAAGAAGGGCAAGAAGCCUAAGCAAGAAGAAGGGCAAGAACCUGCUUCCUCCAACUCCAGAACCACCAUCGUCAUUGAACAUUGUACACAAUGCGAUUCAUUCAAGACGAGAGCCACUGAGUUGAAAGAAGGUCUAGAGGCCAAAGUUCCUGACAUCACUGUCAUAGUGAACCCUAAAAAGCCAAGAAAGGGUUGCUUUGAAAUACGGGAAGAAGGAGGCCAGAAGUUCGUCAGUCUCUUGAAAAUGGAGCGUCCGUUUAAACCAAUGAUGGAUCUAGACAUGGACAAGACCAUCUCAGAUAUCGUUGACAAGAUAUCUAGCGCUAGUUUAUCAGGCAUGACUUUGGAUGAAGCUAGGUGA